AUGAACUUGAUUGACAUCCUUUGGAGGCAAGAUAUAGACCUUGGGGCAAGGCGUGAAGUUUUUGAUUUUAGUCAACGACAGAAAGAGUAUGAACUCGAGAAACAGAAGAAACUUGAAAAGGAAAGACAAGAGCAGCUCCAAAAAGAGCAGGAGAAAGCCUUGCUGGCUCAGCUGGAGUUAGACGAAGAGACAGGUGAAUUUGUUCCUGUUCAGCCAGCUCGACACAUUCAGUCAGAAAAUACUGAGCCACCAAUCAGUUUUUCGCAGACCACACAGACUUCAAAGCCAGAAGCAGAGGCCUUGUCCUUUGAUGACUGCAUGCAGCUCUUGGCAGAAGCAUUCCCGUUUAUAGACGACAAUGAGGCGGCUUCAGCUGCAUUUCAGUCACUGGUUCCUGCUCAGAUUGAUAGCAACCUGGUCUUCGUUUCCUCUGAUCAGACUCAGCCACCUGAAUCACCUGUUCUAGUUCCACUUAUUGAUGCGGAGAAUAUGCAGAACAUAGACGAGGUUUGGGAAGAAUUAUUGUCCCUUCCGGAGUUACAGUGUCUUAACAUUGAAAAUGAUAACCUGGCUGAGGUAAGCACAAUCACAAGCCCUGAAACCAAGCCAACAGAGAUGCACAACAACUAUAAUUACUACAGCUCGUUACCCAUCAUGAGAAAAGAUGUUAACUGCGGUCCAGAUUUUCUGGAUAGUAUCGAGGGGCCCUUUUCCAGCAUUUUGGCACCAGAAGACACCAGCCAGCUGAGUGUGAGCUCUUUAAAUGACACAUCCCCUUCAAACUCUGAUUUCUGUGAGGAUUUCUACACUGCCUUUAUUGAUACAAAGGCAACUGGUGACACAGCAACGACAAACACUAUCAGUCAAUCACUUGCAGAAAUUCUAAGUGAACCUAUUGACCUUUCUGAUUUCUCACUGUGUAAAGCUUUUAAUGGCAACCACUCAGGAACCGUACCAGAGUGUAAUGAUUCUGACUCUGGUAUUUCACUGAACGCAAGUUCUAGCGUAGCAUCACCUGAACAUUCUGUGGAAUCAUCUGCCUAUGGGGAUAAGACUUUGGGUUGUAGUGAUUCUGAAAUGGAAGACCUGGAUAGCGCUCCUGGAAGCGUGCCGCAGAGCAGUGGUAGCGCGUACUCGCUGCGCUUCCAGGAUCAAGUGUUUUCUUCCAUGGGGCCGCACACUCAAACACCGAGCUUGCAGUGCACAAACACACCAAAGAAAGAACCCCCUUCUGGUCCAGGCCACCCCAAAGCUCCAUUCACAAAAGAUAAACCUUCAAGCCGCCUUGAAGCUCAUCUCACAAGAGAUGAGCAAAGAGCAAAAGCUCUGCAGAUCCCCUUUCCUGUCGAAAAGAUCAUUAAUCUCCCUGUUGAUGACUUCAACGAAAUGAUGUCUAAGGAGCAGUUCAAUGAAGCCCAGCUUGCACUCAUUCGAGAUAUACGCCGGAGAGGCAAGAACAAAGUGGCUGCUCAAAAUUGCCGUAAAAGAAAACUGGAAAAUAUAGUGGAACUGGAGCAAGACUUGAGUAACCUAAAAGAUGAGAAAGAGAAAUUGCUUAAGGAAAAAGGAGAGCAUGACAAGAGCCUUCGUCAAAUGAAAAAGCAACUAACCACCUUAUACCUUGAGGUCUUCAGCAUGCUACGUGAUGAAGAUGGAAAGUCUUACUCUCCUAGUGAGUAUUCACUGCAGCAAACUAGAGAUGGCAAUGUCUUUCUUGUUCCUAAAAGCAAGAAGUCAGAGACUAAACUUUAAAGGGCAGGACAGCUGACUACUGUUCUCUGAGUUACUAUUUUUAUAUUGUUAUCCUGAUAGUUUUUACUGUGAGGUGGAAUGCAGAAUUAGGUAAUAUUUUUCAAGUGAUUCUAUGCAAUGAUAAUUUUAAAGUUAAUAAUUAGUUUAUGAAAGAUGCAAGUUUAAAACUAAUAGUGUAAUGCAGGUGGAUGUAUGCAAAACUUGUAAUCUCACUUUUAUAACAGACAUCUUAUAGCACCACUUUGACUAGUUUCCAUAUACAUGUAAAUAUUUAAGAUAUCAUAUUUAUAUACUGUUACUAUCUCUUGUGAUAUUCAUAGAUUUAUUUGAUAUAUAUAUAAAUGAUUUUUAGCCUUCUAAAUACAAUUUCUUGCAAGACAGUCUGGCUUCUGAUACUUUUUUAUAAAUAUGCAAUAGUAUUUGUUUCCCAUUUUUCUUACACAUUUAUACUUGCUUUAUAUUUAAUAUAUGAUUUUAAUUUAGUAUAAAAGUUGAUACUUAGUGUUUGAUUUGGAUUUAUCAGUUCAUUAAACUUUUUUAACUCUAUUUC